AUGGAUUUGUUGUAUAAUCCCUAUGAGAAUCCCCAAGAGUGUGCUCAAGGGUCUCUAGACGAUGGUUGUGCCUAUGCAGAUUGGGAUGACUAUGAGGAAGCUAGUCGAGUUGCUACCACCUUCUAUGCUAACACCUCGCCUGGCAUAAUUAAAAGUAUGCUCCCAAGGGUUCGUACUAUUGUUCGUUUCAGACCUCAGGUACUUAACUCUGAGGACAGUGAAUGUGAGAUGACUGAUAUUCCCUGGAAAAAAAUAUCUGAUAUUCCCUGUGCAAAUAGACAAGCACAUAGAAGGAGGUCCGAAGGAUACAAAGUAAAAAAGAUUGAUGUUACAAAACGGAGAACUGUGCCGAUACAAGAUUCUAACUCUGUUUGUGGAGUGGUGCUGGUAGAUGGUUCUUCUUGUCUGGAGCACCCAGUUCAUGGAAGAAAGAGGUGCAGCUUACACAAAGGUAAAAGAGUCAAAGGCAACCCAAAAGGUUCUCCUACUAGCUAUCCUUGCCAAGUUGAGAUUGCAAUUACUGAGUUCGUACCUCGCCCAACUGAAGAUUUGGACAGCUCAGUUCCCAAACAGGAAAGCGAAAUAUUGCCCAAAAAUAUGUCUAUAAGAACUCUUAAGGAACCUUUGAGGGAAAGCAAUAGCUUGGAAUCAGAAAAUGUGAAUACUGGAGAAGCUCCUACAGAAGAUGGAGCACGUGAAAUCUCCAAGGAUGCUUGUGCCUUAGAAGAGAAGGCUUCCCAUGCUGAAUCUGAGUCUCAGGAGCAGCAGCCUUCUGGGAGAAUGUGGUUUGAUCUGCUCAAAUCACAGAGGAAAUCGGCGAGCGCACACCCAUCAAGAGGCUCAGGAUCUCAGAUAACAGCAAUGACAGAUAACAGGCCUUGCAAAAUGGUGUCAAUUGCAGGAAUGGAAAGUAAGGCUACAGAAUUGUACGCACCGCCGGCAAGCUCACCGGCGACCUCCACGCGCCACCCACCCACCCUCUGCGCGCACCGCCGCCCAUGCUGCCCUAGUGCCCCCACACCCGUCUAG